CCAUCUGACUUGAAGCAGGUCAACAUGACCAGUCAGUCUCAAGGAAUCCACCAGCUCCUACAGGCAGAAAAAAGAGCCAAGGACAAGCUUGAGGAAGCCAAGAAGAGAAAAGUGAAACGAUUAAAGCAGGCUAAGGAAGAAGCCAUGGCAGAAAUUGACCACUAUAGAAUGCAGAAAGAUAAGGAAUUUCGACUGAAGCAAUCUAAGAUAAUGGGCUCUCAGAGUAGCCUCUCAGAAGAAAUCGAAGAGCAAACUCUAGGAAAGAUAAAAGAGCUGAAUGGAAGCUACAGCAAGCACAUGGAAAGUGUGAUGAAUCAGUUUUUGAACAUUGUUUGUGAUGUAAAAGCAGAAAUUCACAUCAACUACAAAGCGGCCAACUAAAUGUGACUCUGCUAUUCAAUAAACUGUACAUGCUUGCA